UGGGAGAUAUCGAGCCAAACCCAUAUCCGCGCGGUCGAAGAGCGAGAGGGAGACGAGAGAGACGAUGGCGGUCGGGGCUCUGAGCUUUCGGACCGUCUGCCCCCAGAUCCCCAUGGCCGUCCCUGCCUCCUCCUUCCCUUUCUCUUCUCCUACCUCCGCCGCUCCCAGGCGAGCGGCGAGCACUCGAAGGAUGGCGCUGCCUCCGAUGCCGCCCCUGAACCCCAAGGACCCCUUCCUGUCCAAGCUCGCCUCCGUCGCCGCCUCCGCUCCCGAAGCCCUCGCCGUGCCCCCUUCGCUGGAUGGCGAGACCCCUCCCUUUCUCGACAUCUUCGAUAGCCCCAAGCUCAUGGCCACUCCCGCCCAGGUGGAGCAUUCUGUUUCUUACAAUGAACACAGGCCAAGAAAGCCUCCUCCAGACUUGCCAUCUUUACUUCUCCAUGGACGAAUUGUCUAUAUUGGCAUGCCCUUGGUGCCAGCUGUCACAGAGCUUGUGAUUGCCGAAAUGCUUUACCUGCAAUGGAUGGAUCCAAAGCAACCAAUUUAUCUUUAUAUCAAUUCAACUGGAACAACACGUGAUGAUGGGGAAACUGUUGGGAUGGAGACAGAAGGUUUUGCUAUUUAUGAUGCUAUGAUGCAGUUAAAAAAUGAGAUCCAAACUGUAGCUGUUGGAGCUGCAAUAGGUCAGGCCUGUCUACUUCUUGCUGCAGGAAAGAAAGGUAGACGAUUUAUGAUGCCUCAUGCCAAAGCUAUGAUUCAACAACCUCGUGUUCCUUCAACUGGGCAGUUGCCAGCCAGUGAUGUGCUUAUUCGUGCGAAGGAGAUUAUAAAUAAUAGGGACACACUCGUUAAACUUCUAGCAAAGCACACUGGAAAUCCUGUGGAGUCAGUAUCGAAGCUGAUGCGGAGACCAUUUUAUAUGGACUCAAUUAAGGCUCAAGAAUUUGGGGUCAUUGACAAGAUUCUUUGGCGUGGCCAGGAGAAGAUAAUGGCAGAUGCUCUCUCUGCUGAGGAAUGGGACAAACGAGCAGGAAUUAAAGUUGUUGAUGGGAUGUGAUUUUCACUAGAUUGAUUAAUUGCCAUUUUACAGAUGUAAGGAUGUUACGCUAGGAUAUGGAGGCCUUCCAGUGGCUGUUCCAGGUGCGGAUGCCUUUCAUGCAGAAAAAAGUAUGGGGAAAAAGUAGGGAAAUAAGAGAACUGGCACCCGUAACUAAAUUUAAUGGAACUUGAUUGUAAUGCUUAAUGUAAUUGACUGUGCUGAACGUCUGUGGCGGUGGUCAAUCCCUUCUACCUCAAUAUUAUGUACUUAUAGAGCUUGCAGAAUAGAAAUUAGAAGAUUGUUACAUGUUAAUAUGUCAGAACCAACGAUAUUUUCUGUUUAAAUUUUCAGAUAAAAGGAAAUUUGCUCUUAAUGAAAUUUCUGUGCGGAA